AUGCACAGAAACGAACGGAUUAAAUACACGUCGACAUUGGGCACGAAUAAAUCAAUCGAAUUAGAUGGCGAGAUUAGGAAUGUUUUUGGUGUCACCGAACGCGGAAAAGGAUGGGUAAAAAACGAAGGCAAGAGAGAGGACGAGGAGGCCCCCUUUAGUUGGACGGACGAUGCCAAAAGAGCGUGGUUUUUGAUAAAGGAAUGGCUAGAGGAUGGAAAACCUCUCGAGAAGGGCGAAGCAGUCGCUGGACAGACAGACAGAAAGGACGCACACGCGGAUGAGGUGAAAGAGAGAGAAAGCGAGAGCGAACAGAGGACUAAGGGGAGUCCGGCAGGUACCACCAGGGCCUUUCUGCUUGGCGGGCGGACUGGCCGGGGGCGGCGGGGCAGCUGUGCCGCUAAGCUCUAG